GCCUUCGUCAGACUUGAAAAGACUUAUGAAAGUUUUCACGGAACUUUUUCCGGAAAACUUUGUUCCAGCUGCUCCUCGUUCCCCACCUUCAGAGUUCACUCUAGGGAAGGCAACUAAGAAGUCCGACUUUACAAAGAUGGUGUUAUCACGCUCUUCGAAGAGAGCGUUGAAAAUUAUGAAUGAAUGGAUGGAUACGAAGAGAGACCAAGGAAAGACAGCUUUCUCAUUUCCUCCGGCCUGAUUAGCAUCCAGAUCUAGCAUCUGGUAUGAUAAUGGAGAAGCUCUCGGUAUGGGAGUUCCUGCUUCUUCCCAAAGGGACUUCUCGAGUCUUGUGGACUCUUCUCAUCGGAUGGCCAUGGGAAAGAUGAAGGUUUUUUGGUCUACCUCUGAAAUGGACCACCUCCUCAAAGGGAUUUUUUAGAGCCUUUGAGGUAUUUAAUUUCUUAGACUGGACUCUGGGAAGAAAAUAGAAACCUUCAAGUCUGCUGAUACGGAAGAGCUUAUUCACCUGAUGUCUUGCAUUGACAAAGCUCUUCGAGACUGGUCGAAUGAGCUAGCGGCUCUUUUCUCUGCGGGAAUCCUGAAGAAAAGGGCCCAAAUGUGUUCUUUCCUUUUGAAUGGGGUCACACCAUUCAAAAAGCGGAACUGCUGUUUGCUCCCCUUUCCACACAUCUUUCCCACAAGAUUUAGUGAAGGAAGUCCCUCUGCCUUAGCCCAAAAGGCUACGCUGGAUCUAAUGACAAAGGCAGCAAGGAAAGUCCUACCUACAAGUUUUGGAGCACAGAAACUCAAGGAAACUACUCCUCUGCCUCGAGUUUCUCGGCCCUUUUGAGGAAGAUCCCUCAGUAGAGGGAACACAAGACCGGUGGUUAGAAAUUUGUAGAAAAGAGGCUUCAGACAAGGGCGGAACACUUAGAGAUGGUUCCAAAGAGUUGGCGGCGUUUUUUCUCGGCAGGAAUGCUUAAGAAAGAGUCCAAAUUUAUUUUUUCCUUGCUUAUGAGGUCACAAGAGUUGGUGAAAGAGGUCUCCUCUGCCUUAACCCAAAAGGCCACGCAGGACUUAAUAUCGAGAAUCCCCGAUAAUUGUUUUUACGAUAAUUGGGAACCUCGCCGAAUGCUCGAAUUCCUGGAAUUUCUAGCAUUUGCAAGAAGAACUGCUACUGAAGUAAGAAUAUCUCUCAGUAGACGGCCAACCUGGAAUACAGAAGCGAACAUCCAGUGUGGCUUGAACUUUCGUCUUCGGGUUUUCUGUUUUCACUAUUGGAGCUUUCCUUAAGGGAAGACUUCUCCUUCACUCUCUUGACUAGAGAAGGAAGGGUUUAGAUUUCCAAUCCUUAUUCUCGUUCCUCGAAGGGAAAAGAAUUUAGGAUGGAAGUCAUUGUACAGAAACCUACAAAUAUACGACAUAUAUUACCCGCGAGACAUGAUUCUGUUAAGCAGUUGAAUUGUCCAGUGGGUAGUCGCAUACUGUAGUUAAUUCUACGGUUUGUGACCGAGACGAUAUUUACCCUAAUGGAACUGCAACUCGGGACUGUCUGCAUCUUCCCAGGAGUUACCAGUUUCGAUUUUAAGAUACUUAUGGUAUGCUCACGACAACACCACCUCAGUUUUUUGUAUUUACCGAAAUCCGUUUCGUUUAAAUAUAAUUGCUCGAGCAUAACAGAUCCCUUUUUUAACUCGAUUAUUCUAGCCGAACGCAUUCCUUCAAGGAAUGGAUUACCUGGCAACUCAGGAUAGCGAGUGAGCAAGAACUGACUGAGUAGGCCGAGACUGCAGAAAGACAACCCUGUACCAGCUGGCUCUUCGAGAUGCACGGUCGGUUUAUGGCUCUCUCCUCUACAAUGAUUGACUACCGAACCUUUUCUCUGUCCAACAAUAUCGGACUUACGUCUCUGAUUAAUGCGGAUUCUCGCGUACAUGAAUGACAUCUGCAUCCCCUUGGAAAUUGCGAGAAUUUUCAACAGAGAUAUAUAUUCUGGACUCUUUCAUCUUUAUGUUUACCGCACGGUAACAGAAGUCUUUACUAGUCUCCCGCUGUAUCGCAUUGCGAUAAUGCGAAAUGUUUUUCUUCAGACCUCUAAGUUUGUCUUCAAAAUAUCUCUUAUUCGGAAGGGUGCAAUUGUUCAUUGUUCACCCUGAAUUGACAGAUAUAUACGGAAGACAUCGCCUGCUCCCCAACCUGCCAGCUCUACUUCCAAAUGAUCAACCCAUGAGAAGUAGUACUUCCCUGUGUUUUUCAUUACUGGAAACUGCCCCGCUUUCAUUGCAACUACAACCCCUCACCUUACAGCAAUGAAAUAGCUGUUAGCGUUUUCAGUCCUUUGUAAGCACAGGUUCAGAACCUUGAGAAUCCUUCUCUCGAUUCGGCUGUGAAGACGUAGGUUGCAUUCACUUUCCACCUUCAUCUUCAAUGGAACAUAGUUUUGUUUUCUUCUUAGCUGAGAUUCAACUACUAUGGGAAUGUCUUGCCAUAAAGGACCUCGGUCUCUAGAGGGCAAUUGACUUUCGCCUAUUGGGCACAUGCCUUAACACCUCGUUAAGAGAUUCACCACCUCGCUGUCCAGCAUCAGUGACAAACAAAUUGACAAUUUGUAUGGUCUCUCGGCAUAACCCUUUAAAAGGCAAAGAUCACGUGACUUGCUCGGGUGCUUGGACAGCUUGCCUCACUACCGAACGCAGUCAGUAGGCAGCUGUCAGAGCACCCGAGUCAGUUACGGUCUACGCUGUGGACUUAGUAGGUUGUUUCAGAACAAUCAUUACUUCAUCCUAAUAGAUUGUCCCAGUACCCAUACCAUGGACACCUACCAUGGAGUGUCGCUGUCCUAUCCAUUGCCGAGAAGAAGAAUCUUCGCUGCAAUGGGAUAGGAGAAUGAGAGACUCUUCGCUGCAGACUUUAAGAGAAGUCGUAAUGUUUCGACCUCGACCAUUAAGCGAUACAUAGGCAUGUUCGCAGAUGUCUUCAAUGACAGGAACUUAGAUGUGUCUGAAUAUAAAGAUCUCCAAGACCUCAGAUCCUUCGACACUACUAAUGGAAUCUGGACGUAGUCCUGAAGUUUAUCAUGAGUGAUAGGUUCGAGCCUUUACAGGAAACAUCAUUUAAGGACCUCACCAUGAAAACUCUUCUUACUUAGUCUAGCGACAGCGAAAAGAGUCGGUGAAAUCCAUGCCUUCAGCAAAGCUGUAGUUUUCAGACAGGGCAAUGCUAUCUGCUCUCUACAGCUGGGAUUUCUAGCGAAGAACGAACGUCCUUCUCAGCCCUGGCCCAAAUCGUUCGAGAUUCCAAACCUGUCGCAUCUCACAGGUAAGGAAGUAGAGACAGUUCUUUGUCCGGUAAGGGCCCUGAGGCAUUACCUGGAAAGAACGGAGCAAUUAUGUGGCAAUUCAGAGGGGCUUUGGUGUUCUGUCAGAAAGCCCUCUCUGCAAAUGUCAAAGAAUGCACUAUCCUUUUUUAAUCAAGGAAGCACAUUCAGCAUGUAAUGAAACGGAUCUUAGGCUAUUGAAAAGUGAAGACUCACGAGGUUAGGCCCGUAGCAACCUCUGUAGCUUUUAAACAGAAUAGAUCCCUUCAAAAUAUCCUGGACGCAACCUUUUGGAGAAGCAAAUCAGUUUUUGUGUCGCACUAUCUGGGGCAAGUGCAAACUCUGUAUGAAGACUGCUACACACUGGGACCGUUCGUAGCAGCUCAUCCAGUAGUGGGACAAGGGACUAGUAUCCCCGAAUUCCCAUAACCCAUUACCCUUUUUCUUACCUUGGAACUUGAAUUUUAUGGUUGUUUGUGGAGACUGCUUGCAGUCUCCCACAAUCAUUGAUUCUUAGUCAAGUGGUCAACUUGUUCCUUGGUAGCGCCCGGAACAAGAGUAUUGGAUGAGGUCCUGCACAUAGAGGUUAUGCACCGGUUUGCCAGCUCCUUGAGGUCUUCAGCCCCCUGGGUGGAUCGCUGGAUCUCUUAAGGAAAGCAGACAUAAUGAGGCAGGAUUUCAUUAAAGUCAGCUUCCUUACACAGGUACGAACCCGUAAGUUUGUUUAUUAACUCUUAUGUCAAUUCCAACGAUGUUGGCUGUCUCUGACCCUCCACCAAAGGUGUCAAUCAGCUAUAUAUAUAACUACCAUGUAAGUUAGAUGUUUAAAAAUGAUAUUUUCAUAAUAAAAUAAAUUUUUGAACAUACUUACCUGGUAGUUAUAUAUAAUUUAAUUCCCACCCUCCUCCCCUCUAGAGACUAGGGGCAUGGAAGAUCUGAGGAAUAGUUGGAACGGUGCUACGUACCUGGGUAGAGGGCGCACAGGUUUUGACUUAAGCUAUAUAUAUAACUACCAGGUAAGUAUGUUCAAAAAUUUAUUUUAUUAUGAAAAUAUAAUUUUUGUGAUAAAACUAUAAAAAACCUGUUAUAAAAAGUGGAUUUUUCUUGAGUUCUAACUAACAAAAUAGGCCUUUUCAGCAUUUUAAUAGGGGUCCCAACUAUUCGCAGGUUCUAACUAUUUGUGUAGUAAUGUAAAUCCAAUACACUUCUUGUGUAUUUAUAAUGAUCACUUUCUCUAUCUUGCGGAUAACUUGCAAAGUACCAGAUGCAGAUUUAGUGAGUGAGAGGUCCUUGGAAAUUAAAGUUACAGCACAUAAUUAUAAAAAAGGAACUCUAUUCCUUGGUCUUGUUGGGAGCUUGUGAGGACUGUCGUUCAUUUAAUUUUGCUAUUUUUCCAAAAAGAGGAAAUUUCCUUUGGAUCCUAACUAGGAGUGAGUAUUGCACAUAGAACAUUCUGGAAAUGGAAGCUGAAGCAUCGUCAUCAUUAUUGUUUCUAAAAGAAGAGAAGGAUGAUCUGGAGGAGGAUCCAACUGAAAAUGCAGAUGACAACUCUUCGUUUGCAGACCCCUUCUUAGAAGUCAAGGUGGAACCGGAAUUUUUUGACUAUGGUGAUUUUGAUGUGAACUAUUCUUUCAAAUCUACUAUUAAGUGUGAAAGGGACAGCUCUCCAAGCUAUGAUGAUGAGAGUGGAAAGAAAAAGAUCCGUAUUGGAGAAGAAAAUAGACAUUUGGGUAGAAGCAAGGCAGCAGGGAAACGAUUAACUUGUGCUGAAUGCCAAAGGAUGUUUUCAAGAAUUGACAAGCUGAAAUCCCACAUGAGAACUCAUACGGGAGAGAAACCAUAUAGUACUUGCUCCGUAUGUCAAAAAAGUUUUUCUGAAUUAAAUAAUCUCAAACAUCACAUGAGAACUCAUACAGGAGAGAAACCAUAUACUUGCUCUGUAUGUCAAAAAAGAUUUUCUAAUACAAGUCUUCUCUCAAAUCACAUGAGAACUCAUACGGAAGAGAAACCAUAUACUUGCUCAGUAUGUCAAAAAAGAUUUUCUAAUACAAGUCUUCUCUCAAAUCACCUGAGAACUCAUAUGGGAGAGAAACCAUAUACUUGCUCUGUAUGUCAAAAAACCGAUUUUCGAUAUACAAGUCUUCUCUCAAAUCACAUGAGAACUCAUACGGGAGAGAAACCAUAUACUUGCUCUGUAUGUCAAAAAAGAUUUUCUAAUACAAGUCUUCUCUCAAAUCACAUGAGAACUCAUACGGGAGAGAAACCAUAUACUUGCUCUGUAAUGUCAAAAAAGAUUUUCUGA